AUGGAAACAUACUUGGGCUAUUUGGAACCUUAUGGUCAGUGGAUAAUUUUUGAUUUAAAUGGCCACAGAAGUGAUGUUUUAGUGACAUUAAGGAUGGACAAACUGGACUGUAAUCCAUCACUAAAUCUCACAAAAUGUGUUUUAACAGAACUUAUAAGUUGGAUCAUGGUGUAUUCAGAGUUUGGAACAAAACCACCGACUUGGGAUCAGAGUAGGAAGGGAACUGUCAACAUUAUCUAUGAUUAUGAUGGUACUUAUGACAAUGGUGAUAUUAUGGGUGAUAUGAAAUUUUUUGGGCAAAUGGACCAGUAUCAGUUUGUAAAUUUGAGUCUAACAGAGUUUGGUUUUGUAUCUCUGUCUCUGGCACUAGUGAUAGCAAAGUUCUUCCCAGCAGUCCACAACCAGAUAGUCUCCAGAGCAACACGACUGGAACACCAAAGCCUCUACUGGGGAACUGCUGUGGUUUCCAAUGUCUUUGUUUAUGGUCUGUUGUUUGCUGGAGCAAAAGGAAUGGCAAUCCUUUCUCUGGCCUGGUACUUAGGAGGAGUGGCAGGGAUAUUGACUGGACUGAUACCAUCCAUUGCUCUGUCAGCUGCCUCCUGGUACAUCAAGAAGAGACUGGAGAAGGAAGUGAGUCAGUCCAACACAGCCACAAGUCAGUUGCCACAGUCUGGGACAACUGGUGAGGCUAUGAAUGAUGGAGAGAGAGAGGAGACUGAGGACAACACUGAUGAUCGGCAGAUGCUACUGCCAUGA